AUGGAUCAGGUCUUGCAUUUUGUUGAAGCGGCUAAAACUUUCGCCAAGGACUCCAUCAGGCUUUUCCAGAAGAUUGCCAUGGCUAUGGCCAUUGGGUUUGCUAUCAUGGGCUUCAUUGGCUUCUUCGUCAGGCUGAUCCAUAUCCCCAUUAACAACAUCAUU